AUGAAUACUUCCAAUAAGACUUAUGUUGAAUUCGAUUGGGUCGAAAUAUUUGAUAUUAUGAUUGCUAAGUUUUAACCGCAAUCAAAUCAAGAUUUAUACAGAUUCUAUAAUUUUAAGAUCUGUUAGCAAAAGAUUGCGAAGAUUCAUUCUUAAUGUCUAAAAGGAUUAUAUCAAAACCAAAAUUCAUCAAUAGAUUUUGAUUCACCUUAACAAUACAAAAUAAUUGUUUUUCUUAAUAUGAGGGCAGCUAUAUAUGAUUUUCUAUCCAAAAGUAUUUUGAUUCCUGAAUCCUAUAAGCAGGAUUGUUAUCUGAUCUAAAUUCACAUUCCAAGAUAAAUUUGUAACUUUAAGACUUGUCCUUUAUUCCUAGAUUAGUGA